UCCACACGUUUGAGUUUUUGGGACAGGUCAUGUUCAAAGCGUGCCCAACAAGAUGAAUGGUCCAGGACCCUAACACGUGUACAUCCUACACGUGCCGCCAACCCAACUUUUUAAAUCUAUCCUCGCACCAAACCAUCCAGACCGUUUGUCUCAAUGAACCAAAUCUCCUGCAAUCUCCAACGCUUUCACUACCUUUUAAAAUCCUGCAUUUCAAACAAAAACCUCUCAACGGGCAAAGCCCUCCAAUCGCUCUACAUCAAAUCCCAAAUUCCUCAUUCAACCUACAUCUCCAACCACUUCAUCUUCCUAUAUGCAAAAUGCGGCCAUCUCUCAAACGCCCGUCAGAUGUUCGACGAAAUUCCCCAACCAAAUGUAUUUUCCUACAACGCCAUCAUUUCAGCGUACGCCAAAGACGCUCAACCCCACAUUGCCCGUCACCUGUUCGACCAAAUCCCCGACCCCGAUCUCGUCUCCUACAACACUCUCAUCUCUGCCUAUGCCGCCUGCGGUGAGACCACCUCAGCCCUGCGGCUCUUCUCCGAAAUGAGAGAACUUGAUGCAGACAUGGAUGGGUUUACCCUGUCAGCUGUGAUCACCGCCUUUUCGUACAAUGUUGUUGGGAUUAGACAGAUGCAUUCACUUGUAAUAUCUUUUGGGUUCGAUUCGUAUGUUUCUGUGAACAAUGCUCUGAUUACGAAUUACAGUAAUAACGGGUUUUUAGAUGAUGCUAAGCGUGUUUUUUAUCAGAUGGGUGGGAUCAAGGAUGAGAUUUCUUGGAAUUCCAUGAUCGUGGCAUUUGGGCAGCACAAGGAAGGAUCAAACGCACUGAAAUUGUUUCAAGAAAUGGUACAUAGGGGUUUGAAUGUUGACAUGUUUACGUUGGCGAGUGUCUUGACUGCAUUUACGUGCGUGGAAGACAUUUUGGGUGGGGUUCAAUUUCAUGCCCAGUUGAUAAAAACUGGGUUUGAGCGGAAUUCGCAUGUCGGGAGUGGUUUGAUUGAUUUGUACUCGAAAUGUAGCGGGGGUGUUUGGGAUGCUAAGAAAGUGUUUGAUGAAGUCGAUGAACCGGAUUUGGUUCUAUGGAACACCAUGAUUUCAGGCUACUCCCAAAAUGAUGAAUUUUCAGAAGAGGCUCUCGACUGCUUUCGGCAUAUGCAGCGGGCUGGCCACUGCCCAGAUGACUGCAGCUUCGUGUGCGUGAUCAGCGCAUGCUCAAACCUGACAUCACCUUCGCAGGGUAAACAGAUGCACUCAUUGGCAAUCAAAUCUGAUAUCCCGAAGAAUCAAAUAUCGGUCAACAAUGCAUUGGUUGCAAUGUACUCGAAGUGUGGGAAUCUCAACGAUGCAGGUCGGUUGUUUGAGAGGAUGCCGGAGCGUAACACCGUAUCAUUUAAUUCAAUGAUAGCUGGGUAUGCCCAGCACGGUCUCGGAAUCAAGGCAUUGAACUUGUUUGAGCGUAUGCUCGAAUCAGAGAUUGAACCUACAAGCAUCACCUUCAUCUCUGUCCUAUCUGCAUGUGCCCACACCGGAAAGGUUGAUGAAGGGUGGGAUUACUUCAAUUCAAUGAACGAAAGAUUCAAGAUCACACCGGCAACCGAGCACUACUCAUGCAUGAUUGAUCUUCUUGGCCGAUCAGGCAAAUUAGAUGAAGCCCAAAGGUUGAUUGCAACAAUGCCAUUUGACCCAGGUCCAAUUGAGUGGGCUGCAUUGCUCAGUGCAUGUAGGACACAUGUGAACAUUGAGCUUGGAGCAAAGGCGGCCCACCAACUCAUUCAGCUAGAACCGUCCAACCCCGCGCCCUACGUUAUGUUAUCGAACAUGUAUGCGAGUGUGGGUCAAUGGGACGAGGUCGCAACAGUACGGAGACUGAUGAGAGAUAGAGGGAUGAAGAAGAAGCCAGGCUGUAGCUGGAUUGAGGUGAAGAAGGAGAUCCAUGUCUUUGUAGCUGAGGAUAGCUCCCACCCAAGGAUAAAGGAAAUAUAUGGGUUCUUGGAUGAGAUGUCAAGGAAGAUGAAGCAAGUCGGGUAUGUGCCAGAUGUCAAAUGGGCAUUGGUUGGAGAUGGGGCGAAGGAAGGGGAGAAGGAGAUGAGGCUGGGCCACCACAGUGAGAAGCUUGCUAUUGGGUUUGGCUUGAUUAGUACCGAGGAUGGGGUGCCUAUACUUGUGGUGAAGAACCUUAGGAUAUGUGGAGACUGCCACAAUGCUAUUAAGUUCAUAUCUGCCAUUGCUGGGAGAGAGAUCACUGUUAGGGAUGCACACAGGUUCCAUUGUUUCAGGAAUGGGAGAUGUUCUUGUGGGGAUUAUUGGUGAGGAUUGGAGUGCGCUCAUGAUCUUUGUUUCAACAAGCAAUCCAAACAGCAAGGCAUGUCCACGACGGUCAAGCCACUCAUCAGGUGGGCCCCAUCACAUUGAUGUCCUGGCCCAAAAGUAAGACCCAUUUGCUCAUAAAAGAGAUUGACCAAGAGUCCAGGUCUCCAUUCGGUAUACAUGUGGCCACCAGAUGAGCUGACCUGGCUGAUUUUCUAGCCAAUGCGUCUAUAUGCAGUAUGGCCCGCUGAUGAGCAGCCUGGAUCUGUCUGAUGUGUACCACAUUGCCACGUUUUCAGCAGUAGGUUAUCUCUGUGCUUCCCAUUGAUCAAGGGGAGGAAGAGAAGGGAGUGGGCAAUGUCAUUCAUGUCUUCUACUUGGAUUGGUCACUUGAGCAUGGGAAAAGGGCUUAUCAGAUUGUUCAAGUAGGGUCAUUUUCAGAUCUUAAGAGUGAUCAGAGAAAAGUCAAAAGGGAGACUGAGAAAGAUAAGAGGAAGAGGUGGAAGAGGCCACCCCCAAAGUUCAAUUUCAUCAAGAAGAAAUCUGGGACAAUUCUUGCAACUUUUCAGAGACAAUGUUGUCAAUUUUACAGAGAUCUUUGAAACUGACCAGAUUGGACAAUUCUAAUGAUAAAGAAGCAAAGACUCUAAGAGAAGGUUUGAAGAUCUUCCCUUGCUUUUUUAUUUUCUUUUUCUAGAAACCUUAGGCCAUGUUUGGUUGCCACUUAAAAAUUAGUCCAUCUCAUUUUAGUAACAGUAAUUACGCAUUAGAGAUUUGGGGAAGGGUUGAAAAUAAUCUUGAUAACCCAUAAUUAUGUAAACAAUUAUCUCUAAUGUGUAAUUAUUGUUAACUAAAAUGAGAUGAAAUCAUUUUUAAGUGGCAACCAAACAGGGUCUUAGCAGUUCGAGGGUUUCAAGAAAUAUCAUUUCUUGAGCUUUGAUUGAGCAUUUUGAGUUAUAAUAGUCAUUUUUAAAGAAAUUCAUAAGUUAGUUCAUUUUCAUUUUACUUAUAGAGGCCAAUGAAAUUGCUGCCACCAUAACAGACUUGGUUAUGGUGGAGAUCUAGCCCAUGUAUUUCCGAAUGAAAAAUUGAAGUUGAAUUGGAA